CUGUGAUCCCGCCGCCGCCCGCGCCGACCCUCCUCCGCCCACCGCCCGCCGUCGAUCCAGGACCGCAGAGCCAUGGGCACGGUUGUGGAUGCUCCCGCAGUUGUCACUGAGAAUGAGGAGGUUGCUGUGAACAUGUUGGGUGACAAGAAAGUCACAGUUGUAUUUGUUCUUGGUGGUCCUGGAAGUGGAAAGGGUACACAGUGUGCCAACAUUGUUGAACACUUCGGAUUUACCCAUCUUAGUGCUGGAGAUCUUCUGCGCGCGGAGCUUAAAUCUGGCUCUGAGAAUGGAACUAUGAUUGAGAACAUGAUAAAGGAGGGGAAGAUUGUUCCAUCAGAGGUAACUAUAGCGCUCCUGAAGGAAGCCAUGAUAAAAAAUGAGAAUGAUAAGUUUCUAAUCGACGGGUUUCCAAGGAACGAAGAGAAUCGUGCUGCAUUCGAGCAUGUUACAAAAAUUUCUCCUGCAUUUGUGCUCUUCUUCAAUUGUUCUGAGGAAGAGAUGCAAAAACGUCUUUUGGGGCGCAAUGAGGGAAGAGUUGAUGACAACAUAGAGACUAUCAAGAAGAGAUUCAAUGUUUUUGCUGAAUCCAGCUUGCCUGUAAUUGAGUACUAUAGAGCGAAGGAGAAGGUUAAAGAGAUCAAUGCUGCAAAACCGAUUCCUGAGGUGUUUGAAGAUGUCAAGGCUAUUUUUGCCCCAUACGCCAAGGCUUCCUAGAACAGUAUAAAGGACCAAAAGGUGAUAAAUGGAAGGAUUUUAUACAAGGUUUUGCUCAAGUUUGACAUAUCUGUGAUUACAAACCCUUAAUAUAGAUCAGACUCAUCAGUAGGCAAUUUGAUUUGUUACCAGCAAUAAGUAGGUCCGUUUGCCGCUAGUUCUUGUUUACCAUUGUCCGUGUAUCCUGUGGAGUGUACUUGUACCAUUUGUGUAAUUUACUGCAUGUAAGGCCCGGACCUUGUGCCAUGAAUUAUCGAUUGGUUGUAUUACAGAGAAGCAAACUGCUUUCACAUUGCUUAUAAUCGAUUGAGUUGUUCUGUCGAAGAUA